AGUAUGAAGGAGAUGGUAGGAGGCUGCUGCGUAUGUUCGGACGAGAGGGGCUGGGCCGAGAACCCGCUGGUCUACUGCGAUGGGCACGCGUGCAGCGUGGCCGUCCACCAAGCUUGCUAUGGCAUCGUCCAGGUGCCAACAGGACCCUGGUUUUGCCGAAAAUGUGAAUCUCAGGAGCGAGCGGCCAGGGUGAGGUGUGAGCUGUGCCCACACAAAGAUGGGGCAUUAAAGAGGACAGACAAUGGAGGCUGGGCCCACGUGGUGUGUGCCCUCUACAUCCCCGAGGUGCAGUUUGCCAACGUGCUCACCAUGGAGCCCAUCGUCCUGCAGUAUGUGCCUCAUGAUCGCUUCAACAAGACAUGUUACAUCUGUGAGGAGCAGGGCCGAGAGAGCAAGGCGGCUUCAGGAGCCUGCAUGACCUGUAACCGCCACGGAUGUCGACAAGCUUUCCACGUCACCUGUGCCCAAAUGGCAGGCCUGCUGUGUGAGGAAGAAGUGCUGGAAGUGGACAAUGUCAAGUACUGUGGUUACUGCAAAUACCACUUCAGCAAGAUGAAGACAUCGCGGCAUACUGGCCGGGGGGGAGGAGGAGGCGGCACAGGGGGCAGCAGCAGUGGAUUCAUCACUGGCCGGAGAAGCCGGUCAGCCUCGCCACCCAGCCAGCAGGAGAAGCAUCCUACCCACCAUGAGAAGGGCCAGAAGAAGAGCCGAAAAGACAAAGAACGCCUUAAACAGAAGCACAAGAAGCGGCCUGAGUCACCCCCCAGCAUCCUCACUCUGCCUGUGGUCCCCACUGCUGACAAGAUCUCCUCCUCGGCUUCUUCUUCCUCCCACCAUGAGGCCAGUAGUCUGGAGACCUCUGAGAGCAGCAGGGACUCAAAGGGGAAAAAGUCUUCCAGCCAUAGCCUGAGUCACAAGGGGAAGAAACUGAUCAGUGGGAAAGGUGUGAGCAGUUUUACCUCUGCCUCCUCCUCUUCCUCCUCCUCCUCCGGGGGCCCCUUCCAGCCUGCAGCCUCAUCGCUGCAGAGCUCCCCUGAUUUCUCUGCAUUCCCCAAGCUGGAGCAGCCGGAGGAGGACAAGUACUCCAAGCCUGCAGCCCCCACCCCUUCAGCACCACCUUCUCCCUCAGCCACUGAACCCCCCAAGGUUGACCUCUUUGAGCAGAAAGUGGUCUUCUCUGGCUUCGGGCCCAUCAUGCGCUUCUCUACCACCACCUCCAGUUCUAGCCGGGCCCGGGCCCCCUCCCCUGGAGAUUAUAAGUCUCCUCAUGUCUCCGGGUCUGGACCCUCAGCAGGCACCCACAAGCGGAUGCCUACGCUGAGUGCUGCCCCUGCAUCUGCUGAGGAGGUCCCUGAGACGGGCCUGACGAAGGAGAAGAAGCACAAAGCCAGCAAGAGGAGCCGACAUGGGCCAGGCCGUCCCAAGGGCAGCCGGAACAAGGAGGGCACUGGGGGCCCAGCUGCUCCCUCCCUGCCUACUGCCCAGCUGGCUGGCUUCACUGCCACAGCUGCCUCACCCUUCUCCGGGGGCUCCCUGGUCAGCUCUGGCCUGGGUAGUCUGGUCUCCCGAACCUUCGGGCCUUCUGGGAGUCUGCCUAGCCUGAGCCUGGAGUCUCCCCUGCUGGGGGCAGGCAUCUACACCAGUAAUAAGGACCCUGUCUCCCAUGGCAGCGGGAUGCUGCGGGCUGUCUGUAGCACUCCCCUCUCCUCCAGCCUGCUGGGGCCCCCAGGAACUUCUGCCCUGCCCCGCCUCAGUCGCUCUCCCUUCACCAGCACCCUCCCCUCCUCGGCAGCUUCUAUCUCCACCACUCAGGUGUUUUCUCUGGCGGGCUCUACCUUUAGCCUCCCUUCUACCCACAUCUUUGGAACCCCCAUGGGCACCGUUAACCCCCUCCUCACCCAAGCUGAGAGCAGCCACACAGAGCCAGACCUGGAGGACUGCAGCUUCCGGUGUCGGGGGACCUCCCCCCAGGAGAGUCUGUCUUCCAUGUCCCCCAUCAGCAGCCUUCCAGCACUCUUUGACCAGACAGCGUCAGCGCCCUGCGGGGGUAGCCAGUUAGACCCAGCGGCCCCGGGAACUACUAACAUGGAGCAGCUGCUGGAGAAGCAGAGUGAUGGCGAGGCCGGCGUCAACAUUGUGGAGAUGCUGAAGGCGCUGCACGCACUGCAGAAGGAAAACCAGCGCCUGCAGGAGCAGAUCCUGAGCUUGACGGCCAAAAAGGAGCGGCUGCAAAUUCUCAACGUGCAGCUUUCGGUGCCCUUCCCUGCUCUGCCUGCCGCCUUGCCUGCUGCCAAUGGCCCUGUCCCCGGCGCCUACUGUCUGCCUCCACAAGCCGGCAGCAACGACUCCUUGAGCACCAGCAAGAGCCCUCCAGGCAAGACCAGUCUCGGCUUGGACAACUCGCUGUCCACAUCCUCCGAGGACCCCCACUCAGGCUGCCCAAGCCGCAGCAGCUCGUCGUUGUCCUUCCACAGCACGCCCCCACCGCUGCCCCUGCUCCAGCAGAGCCCUGCUACUCUGCCCCUGACCCUGCCAGGGGCCCCUGCCUCGCUCCCACCCCAGCCACAGAACGGGUUGGGCCAGGCAGCUGGGGCAGCGGGACUGGGUGCCAUACCCAUGGCUGAGGGGCUUCUGGGAGGGUUAGCGGGCAGUGGGGCCCUGCCCCUCAAUGGGCUCCUGGGGGGGUUGAAUGGCGCUGCUGCCCCCAACCCUGCGGGCUUGAGCCAGGCUGGCGGGGCCCCCACGCUGCAGUUGCCGGGUUGUCUCAACAGCCUGACGGAGCAGCAGAGACACCUCCAGCAGCAAGAGCAGCAGUUACAACAGCUUCAGCAACUCCUGGCCUCCCCACAGCUGAGCCCGGAACACCAGACUGUUGUCUACCAAAUGAUCCAGCAGAUCCAGCAGAAGCGGGAGCUUCAGCGGCUGCAGAUGGCAGGGGGCUCCCAGCUGCCCAUGGCCAGCCUGCUGGCAGGAAACUCGACCCCGCUGCUGUCCGCAGGCACCCCUGGCCUGCUGCCCACAGCGUCAGCACCACCCCUGCUGCCUGCCGGAGCCCUGGUGGCCCCCUCACUAGGCAACAACACGAGUCUCAUGGCAGCGGCAGCUGCAGCCGCAGCAGUAGCAGCAGCAGGCGGCCCGCCAGUCCUCACUGCCCAAACCAACCCCUUCCUCAGCUUGUCGGGGCCGGAGAGCAGUGGCAGUGGCCCCAAAGGAGGGACCACUGACAAAGGAACCUCAGCUAACCAGGAAAAAGGCUAA